AUGAAACUGCUGAUACUCCCAAUCAUAUUCAUGCAAAUAUGGGAUGUUUGUGAUUCAUUUGGUUGUUGUCCCAUAGCGGUACCUUGCAUGCCAAUUAGAUGCAGGCCAUGCGUGCCAUAUCCAUGUCCACCACCUCUUCCACCUCCAAUCUGUCCACCUCCACCUCCACCUCCACCUUGUCCUCCACCGCCAGUAUGUCCACCACCUCCUCCUCCGGUAAUUUGUCCUCCUUCACCUCCUCCUUGUCCUCCACCGGUAAUAUGUCCACCUCCUCCUCCUCCAGUAAUCUGUCCACCUCUACCUCCUCCUUGUCCUCCACGACCAAUUUGUCCACCACCUACUGUAUGUCCACCACCAAUAAUUUGCCCACCACCAAUAAUUUGUCCACCACCACCAACACUGCCUCCUCCACUACCUCAAACAUCUCCACCAUGUCCACCGUCACCUAUUUAUCCUCUUCCAGAGGUCCCGAAGCAUACACAUACGACGCCAGUGAUUAACGAUUGUUGUUGCACGUGCGUCACAUCUUGCGUGUACACUGAAACGAGAAUACACGGUGCCAAAAUAUUUUCAGCCUCACUUGCUGAUUUGGAACGUGAUUCCAAAUGUAAUAAUCCUGUUUUGAAAUCAAUUAUGGAAGAGAAUAUGAUCGGAGAUGUAACUCUUUCUAAACGUGAUAUUCAACGGCAUGCUGAGAAGAAAUUAUUCAAGAAAUUCAAUGUAAUCUGUUCGGAAAAUGAUUUUUCCUAUAUUGCAUACACUGAUACUUUUUGCCAGCAUUCGACCGAUGAAAUAACUUGUUAUGCAUUUAGUCCACUUCCAGAAAUUUAA